CGACGCCAGGCGUUCCGGGGAAAGGCAAGGCAGCCGGCCCCGGCGGGAGGCUCGGUUUGCUGGUGCCGGUUACAAGUGUCCGUUUCCCAUCGAUUUAAAUGAAGAAACCGUGAGAGCCCUCGCCCUGCCAGGCCCCUGAGUCCAUGGAGCUGUCGUCCGCGAGGGCACUGCUUGUGGGAGAGGUUGGAGUCCCGAGCUGACUGCCAAGAGCGCGCCACCGAGCUGCGGGCGGCCAGGGUGCAGGGCCAGCGGGUAGGGACAGUGUUGUAACCUGACAGUGCCAGUAGCACACUGAUUUAUUUCUGCGUUUACUUUCUGGAGGAGCAUUUCACGUUAAUAAAAAGAGUGAUAGGAAGCAUUAUUAUGUCUCUCCCGAAAACGCCAUCCUCGCCAUUGAUCUCCCCAGCGUCUUAUGACCGUAGGAAGUCAAAAGUAUCUGCGGUCAAGGAGACAAGAGGACUUCCUGACAUAAGGGAGAAAAAAAAUCUGGUGGAUUGUUCCAAACCCCUUCCUACUUCCCUUCAGAAUGAGUUCAUCCCUGAGGAAGUUCUGCUUUCUCUGACCUACGCAACCAGUGCUGGUCCUUGUCCUGAAAAUUUACUGCCUCCUAUGAAAGUUAAAACCCCACAGGGUACCCUUCCACGUGCUGUAGACCAUGUCUGGCAGCACCCCAUUCGUAGGAGAAAAUUCAAAUACCUGAUUGACCAUCCUGUCUCCCUAACAGGAGCUGCAAGGGAUAUUUCUUUUCUAUAUGAUGUUAAAUAUGUAAAAGGAGAGACUAGAGAGAAUGCAGUUUGUCCCCCACAUUCAGACCAUGCAUUACAAUCCAAAAAUGAUCACAACAAGAAUGGUGGUGUCAUCGUGCCUCAUAAGCCAAAGAGAUUAACAGACAGUCUCAUUCCAGAAGAAUUCCAUAUUGUGUCAAGUACAGGAGUUUCAGGUUUGGAGUGCUAUGAUGACAAAUAUACUACUCUUCUCACGGAUAGUGAAAACAGGCUAUUGCUCUUCCCAUCCAUGAAACCUAACAGAAGAGUGGAAGUGGUCCAGCUGAAGGAAGUGAUGGAUACUAUGCUAGAGAGGGCUGGUGUAGAAAAUCGGGAAUAUGCAGGACCAACCAAGAUGCACCAGCUACUGCAUAUGUUAAAGAAGGAGCAGACCAUUUACAACACAGUAUUUCAUGAACUUAUUCGACAAGUCAGUGUAGACUGUGCAGAUAGAGGAGAACUACUGUCCAAAAUCAGAGAGAGGUAUGUGCAAAUGCUUGACCAAAUUGCCAGGCAGAUGACUGAUUUCUAUAAAGACCUGGUAACUCAGAGAAUAAUGGAUCAGCGCAUUUUAGAAGAAUUGUAUAAUUUCAAGAAUGUUAUUGAGGAAUUGACCAGGGAACUGUGUCUGGUUCGGUCACAUGAUAUGAAAUUAACAAAGGAAGCAGAGAAAGCCCACAAGGAUUUGGCACAGGCUGUUUUAGAUGCUGAAAAGAAUGCCAGGAUUGUAGAAGAGUACCACAACUUAUAUACAUUACAAAGAGGAAGGAUGGAGGCUGAUAUUAGACAGUUAAUGGAAGAAAGAGAUAUCUGGAGCUCGGCCACACAUAAAUUAGCCCUAAAGGUAAUUGAAAGAAAUGGAGUCAUAUUGGCUAAGAGGCUCUACCUCAAUGAAAAAAGCUGGAAUAAAUAUACUAAGCAUUUCAUCACAUUGCUGUCAAACAAAGAUACCACAGACCUUGCAUUGUUGCAGAAAUUGACACACAAAUGGAGAAACUUACUGAACAAAUUUAAACAGGAUGUGGAACAAACUGAAGAGACUACAAAGGAGAAAUUGCAAAUUAUUAAGGAUGGCCUUAUCAAAUGGCAGCAGUUCUAUGAAAAUAUGGGAGAAGACAUUCCAUCCCCCAAUAAAGGAAAUAUAUUUGAUUUGGUUGUUUCAGACUUCAAGCAGUGGCAAAGGGAAUUAAAUGAAGAAAAGGAAAAUUAUACUGCGGAUCUCCUAGUGUCAAAAUAUGAUACUCUCAAGAUUAUUAAGCAUUUACAGGAGAGCUGGGCAGAUACUGGAAUGGGGAUACUUUGUCGCCAUAAAAGUGUUGAGGGGAAGAUGCCAGCAGAACAACAAUACUUGGUGGAAAUGAUGAAAAGCAUAGGAAGACUCUACAAAGAAUAUGAAAUAAGGAUAAAUGGGGACAACGGUGUCUCUAAAUUUAUUGCAAAUUUGAUUGGUUCCUUUGACUUCUGCUCUUUCAAGUUGGAAAACUUCCUGGAACUUUCUGAGAAACCUCUUGAAGAAUGGAAUGGAGUUAAUGAAAAAAUCAGUGAAAUGAAAUCUCAAUUGGAUUUAUUGCUGAGUAUUAUUGGCACUGCUCCACAGUUCAUGGACAUGGAUUCUGGCUCGGUACUCCAAGGACAUAUAUUUAACAUGAUUCAACAGUGGCUUUUGAACAUAGGCAAUGAAAUUAACAACAGCCGCACAGAACUUCAGCGCCAUAUGGAUGAGUUGCAUAUAUCUAUGACCCAGUGGUUGGUAAAUUUGCUGAUUAUAAUGAUUCCUGACUUUACUGACCAUCAAACUCUCCCAAAGAUGGAAGAGGAAGGUGCUGAGAGCCAUGAUGUGGGAAUUGCACAGUUAGAACUAGACGCGGUUGUACUGGCGAAAAAGUUGUCCCAAGACACCACCUAUUUGAGCAGUUGUUGCAAAGGGAUGGUAACAGCAAUGGCUCUGAAUAAAGCAGCUCAUUCAGAAAAAAAUCCUGCUAAGGAACUUCGGGAACUGGAUAACAUAAAGAAAGAAUGUUAUGGAUGGAUCAACACCUGCUCUCACCUCCUUUCUGAGCUCAAAGACAAAAAAAUCAACUUAUUGACACAUGAAGAAAAAGAGAAACUACUUGAAGAAGAGGACAUUAUAAAAGAAUUGAUUGAGCCUGAAAUAGACCAGCCCAUUCAAGAGGAUGAAGGAGAAAAUGAGGAGGAUGAGAAACCUCAGAAGGAAGAAGAAGCAGAGAAAGUAGAAGAGAAACCUUCAACAUCUACAGAGAAGGAAAAAGUCAUUCGAUUCAUUGGAGAAGAUGAAAAUGUUCAUUCCAAACCUCUGUUUGAAGCAGAUGCAUUAUCUUCCUGGAGAGAAUCAGCUAACCAAGGCACACUGGCCCACAAAUACCUUGAAGCAAUGGCUGUAAUUGAACAUAUGCAGACGAAGCUGAUGGAGGUUGAAAGCAGAGCCAGAAGGGCAGAGGAAAGGUUUGAGGAUGUAAAUGAAAAGUUUCAUCAUACUCUCAUAAGAAAUAAAGACCUGGAGAAGAAACUGGAGGAAAUAGUGCUUAAGCCGAGACAAGAGUUGGAAAAAGGAGAGGAAAAUGAGGUAGUAAAAGCAGAGGAAGAAAAAGAAGAAAAAGAGGAGGAGGAAGAAGUCAGGCCAGUAGAAAGUAUCAUACAAUCUCAAAAGAAAGAGGCACCACGCAACGUUAAAUCCAAAACUCGGACCAAAUCCAGUAAUAAGCCUAAGCCCAAGUAACAUCCAGUAGAGCACAAGGGUUCACAGUGCUGUGUCCCUGGACACGCCCGGCAUUGCUGAGCUGUGGAGCUGACAACAUGCCGCACUUGGAGGAUUCCCUUUGCAACAACUGCUAGAAAAGCCACGGUAUGCAAGCCAAGAGCAUUUUCUCUCAGCACAGCAGUGGCCAUAGGGACUCCGUGUAUUCAUUUAUUCCCAGAUUAA